AUGGAAUUCCGGGUUAAAGAAGAGAACACGCACAGGAAUAAUGAAGGACAAGGACAAGAUACAAAUACAAUUAUGGAAGUACUUAAUGGAGCAGUAUUAAUAUGUAAAGGAUACUCACAGAAUAAAUGGGUGCUCCAUAAGAAGUAUAAAUCAUUCGCAGUGAAUGAGCACUUAUUUAAAAGAGGGGCAUUCAUUGGGUACACAGAAGAAGAAAGCCUUUGCUUAGUGAGGUACGUAAAGGGCAGAGAAGAUACAAUUAUUAGUCAGGUUGAGUCUUAUGCUAUAUUUGGUACUGUUAUAUUUUACAUAUUAGGAAAGACCGUUAUAAAAAUAGACAUAACCACAGGAGAUAAAAAAGUUUUAAUAGAUAAUAAUGAAAAUAUAGGAAUAUCAAAAAUUUUAUUAUGUGAAAGUACGUUAUUAAUAAUUUCUGACAAGGUUAUUCAUAAAUUAGAGGUAAACACGAAUAUUUAUACUAAAUUAAGGCUAAAAGUGAGUUUAGACCAUAAAACAGGGGAAGUGGUUAAAUUAAAGGACAAGAUACAUUUAGUGGUGAGUUGUAUGAAAGGGAAUGUGUACGUAUUUGAUAGUCAUAAGAUGGAAAUAAUCAGGAGUAUGAAGUAUUUCGGGGCACGUAUUAAUGCGAUUCGGGUUUUGGCAUCCUGA